AUGCCCCGACCCAGUGUCCACUCCUACAACGCCAUGCUCGCUGUUUACGCGCGCCUGGCACUCGCGGCACCCGCUUCUGAGGUCUUUGCCUCCAUGCCACACCGGGAACUCGUCUCUUACAACGCUGUUAUGCUCGCGCUCGGGCAUGGCGGCAAAGCGCAGGGAGCUGUGGAGCUGUACUCCGAGCUCCGAAACAUGUACCCCUCCCUUGGGUACAGCCAUCACACCUUCUUGGCGCUCCUUGUGGCCGGCGCCCAGCUCAUGGAUAGGGAGCUUGCCAGGCAAUUCCAUGGCCAUUUGGUGGUUCUCGGGUUCUUGUCUGAUGUGAAAAUUGCCAGCUCUCUUCUUGAUGUUUAUAGAAAAUGCCAUUGUGUUGAUGAUGCUAGGAAGCUGUUUGACGAGAUGCAUAUCAAGGAUGUGCAUAUGUGGACGACAGUAGUUUGUGCCUGUGCUGAAGAUGGCCAACUGGCUACCGCUCGUCAGCUCUUUGAUCAGAUGCCAGAGAGGAAUGCAUUUUCAUGGAAUGCCCUCAUCGAGGGAUAUGUUUGCCAUGGGCAUCCAAUGGAUGCACUGAAUAUGUUUCUACACUUGAUGAAGGAAGGUUUGGAGCCAGAUCAAAUCACCUUGGGUUGUUGCCUGAGUGCUUGUGCAGCUAUGCGUUCACUGAAACUUGGGCAGCAGAUCCAUGGAAUGUUGCUAAGAUGUGGUUUUGAUCGAAGUGCAAUGAUCAUUAGCUCAAUCAUUGACAUGUAUUCAAAAUGCAGCUUUUUGUCUGGUGCCAUAGAGGUGUUCAGCCUAACAGGUAGGGAAAGGAAGAAUGCAGUGUUAUGGAAUGUCAUGUUGUCUGCUCUGUGUCAUCAUGGUCAUGAACAGGAUGCGAUUGGAUUGUUUGUUCAGAUGAUUCAUGAAAGACAGAAGCCUGAUGCUAAUACAUUCUUUCUGGUUUUGACGGCUUGCUGCCACUGUGGCCUAGUUGAAGAAGGGAUGAAUUUUUUUGAUUUGAUGAGUGAGAGAUACAGGAUUGUUCCAGGACAAGAGCACUAUUUUUGUAUGGUUGAUUUGGUUAGCCAUGCAUCAUCCAAUGAUAAAGUAAUUGAAUGGAUCAAAAGCUCACCAUUUAGUUUUAACAUACGAGUUUGGGAAGUUCUUGUUAGGAAUUGCACCAUACAUGGGAACAUUGAAUUGUUGAAUAAGGUAGAGGAGUAA